AUGUAUGUGUUGACGUGGGUGCUGCUGUUUGUGUGGCUGGGUGGAGGUGUGUGUGUGUGUAUGAUGGAAAACUACACCCUGCUCAUAGAGAAAAGAGGUUGUUCUCAGUGUAUCGCCGUCAACACCACCAUCUGCAGUGGCUUCUGCCACACACAGGACACCAACGUGAAGGGGCGUGUGGGUAAGAGUUACCUGAUCCAGCGUGGCUGCAUGCCCCACUCCCUGGUCUACCAUCCUGCCCGCGUGCCAGGCUGCCCGCUGCACGUCAACAACGUGCUCUACUACCCAGAGUCCCGCCGCUGCCACUGCACCCGCUGCGACGGACACGCCCACCGCUGUGUCCACAUGACCCAGGCCACACCCACCCCGUGCACCAGGAAGAGCCCUGUCACCCACAGGACCAGCUCCUCGACCCGCAGGACCUGGACAACCCCACCUGUCAAGACACACAGCGACCAGGAAACCUGACCAACUGACCGUCCACACAGCGACCUUUCACUUGGGAACCCUAUAGUCCUUAUUUACCACCUUACCUAGGCAACUGACCAUCAACAGCACCGGACUGUGAAGCAGCAACACCUCCCCAGAGAGACAGCCUACCUCUGUUCCAAAGAAUAAGACUAUAGUAGUGUUUAACUUGAAAUCUGUCUGUGGGAUCAGCCAUCAAGGACUUUGCAGCAGAAUCCCCCCCCAAACAGUUGAAAUACCUGUAUCUAAAGGGUUAUAGAGGCUACCGGCAAUCUGGCGGGCUGUAUCCUGGCUACAUUCUGAAAUCUGUUUGAUUAAAGAAACUACAGGUGAGCUCAUUUUCCGAUACUCAUGUUCAACCUAUACUGCAUAAGAACAACCCCCAAACACACGUCGAAAAGCACUCAGGAAUUGUUCAAGGAGACUGUUGUGUACGAGUCCAGAUCGGACAUCCAGAACCUUUGGUGAGAACUGAAAACAGCAGUUGCUGAUGGACACGCCUGGAACAUGGGAAGAAUUUAAGUAGUUUGAUGCUGAGAAAGUGAGCCAAAUUGGCAGUGGAAAAGUACAGCAAGCUAAAUGGCUACAAUAAGUGUUUUUGUCUCCGGUAAUCAAAAGGCGGUGGAACCAAGUAUUAGCUACUGGGUGCCAAUAAUUUAGUCUUUAAAAUUGGUUCUGCAAUGUUGAAAAUCAAAAAAGUUUUAUUUAAAUGUCAUUUUCUUGUAGAAGAAACAGAGAAGGAUGACAAUAUAUUUGACUGUCUAGAAGUUGUAGACUGUGUGAAAAAAACUUUACUAUAAAUAAAAGUCUGUGUUGAUCAUACUAUGACCUGCUAAAUCAUGAUGUUGUUUGAAGGAUGGUUUGUGAGUAUGUGAGGAAUUGUAAAGACAUUCUGUUCAGUGAUCACCACAUUUCAUGUCUUUUAGGUGUGUUUAUUAAAUAGAUCUGUAGCAGACUGCCUG